UGGAGAGACAGAAGUUUGAGCUCUGCGCUUCACACACGGCCAGGACAGACGAUAACACACACCUACACACAGAUAUGAUGCUGCUCCCAGCGACUGUGCUGAUUGGCCUGCUGUGCCUGAGCCUUGCGGGGAGUGUGGGGGGUUUUGCCCGUCUGCUGGACGAUGUGGAGCUACGCUCGGCUUUCUCGGUUGCACGGACCAACAGCAUGGAAGGUGGACCUAAGAUGACGGUGACCUUUGACGCUGUUUAUGUAAACAUCGGCGGGGAUUUUGACCCCAAGGCCGGCAUGUUUCGCUGCCGUAUCCCCGGGGCUUACUACUUCUCCUUCACUGUGGGAAAGUUUCCACACAAAGACCUGUCAGUGAUGCUGAUGAAGAACAGGAACGAGGUGCAGGCCAUCGUUUACGAGGAAAACGCGGGAGAAGAGAGGAAGGUGCAGAGCCAGAGCGUCAUGCUGCAGCUGGAGUUCGGUGACACGGUCUGGCUCCGUCUCCAUGGUGACCCUCGCUACGCGCUCUAUAGCAACACCGGACACUACACCACCUUCAACGGUUACCUCGUCUACCCUGACACCUACGACUACCAGACGCACCGCCACCAACACCAUCCUGCCUACAACUCCCAGCAGCCCCAGCAGGACAACAUCCCCUUGUUGAAUGAUAACCAGGCCACAGAUCAUGUCAGGUCUGGAACAAGAGGUACGGUGGAGGAGAAGGAGCUGCAACACAGAGAGGAAGAGGAGGAGGAGGGGGAGGAGGAUGAUGAUGAAGAGGAUGACCAGAGAUCUGCCUUCUCAGUGGGGCGGACCCAGAGCAUUGUGGGAGUGGACCAAGUGGGCCUGCCGCAGCACCAGCCCGUCAGCUUCGAUACAGCGUUCGUCAAUAUCGGGGAAGACUUUAACAUGACCGAGGGGUUGUUCACCUGCCGUGUUCCCGGUGUGUACUACUUCUCCUUCAAUGUGGGCAAGCUGCCGCAGAAAACGCUGUCCGUCAAGCUGAUGAAGAACCGUCUGGAGGUGCAGGCGAUGAUCUACGACGACAGCCAGGGCGAGAAAGCUUUGCAGAGUCAGAGCUUGAUGCUGUCACUGAAACCAGGAGACACAGUCUGGCUCUACUCGCACCAGAGAGAUGGAUUUGGGGCUUACAGCAACCACGCCAAGUACAUCACCUUCACUGGCUUCCUGGUUUACCCAGACUUCCCUUCCACCACCAUCGCGACCACCAGUCAAUCAUAUGCAGACAAGAAACCUUAGCUGCAAGGCAUGAGCUAGGGACUGAACAUUGUGGGAGGAAUUCAUAAAAGAAGGAAACAUCUCCAAGUCCAUCCACAGAAGUGUUGUGCAGUUUCUGAGUAGAGCAUACUCGUAAUGAAUGCUGCUUUGUGGUUGUCUUUGACACUUCCUCUUCAUAUGAAUUCCUUCACAAAGUCACAGGGACCUUGGACUGAGUACAGAGCCAAAAUGAAAAGCUCUCCAAUUUCCAGUUAAUGGUUUUGCAAGAUAUGACUUCAUCUCACAUAAUGUGGAAGCCUGAAUGACAGUAAUGUGAACUCUAAUUGAAUAUUUCACUCUGUAAUGAAAACUCAGUCAUUACCUGCUCAUCUCAGUGUCAGACCACCUGUCAUUAAAGUCAGCACGACCAACGGCCGAGUUAUUGUUCAUUCACGCAGUUGUGGAAAGAAACUAAGCACAUUUACUCAAGUAGAGAACUUAAGGACAAACUUGAGUUACCUGUACUUCGCUUGAGUAUUUCCAUUUAUGCAAAUUUAUACUUUUACCCCCCAUUUCAGCAGGAAAUAUACUUUUUACUGCUUUACAUUUACCUAAUGGCUAUAGUUAGUAGUUGGUAGAUUAUGCCUACAAAACAUAUGAAGAGCCCAUAAAAGAUGAUGCAGUAUGAACAAUUAUAAAAUUAGAGAUGAAGUACUUGAAAUCGAUUACUGUGUCAAUUGACAGACAUAAAACUAUCUUAAUAACAGAUAAAUCUAAUUAAGAAAAAAUGUAAUAUUUAUAUUAUAACAUGUAUUUGUACAUUAGAAUGUUUCAUGCCAUUUCAUGGCUUCUCAAAAUGAGGAUCAGCUGCUUAAAUUACAAUGAACUGAAUAAUUUUGACUGUUGGUUUGACAAAAUAAGCAACUUGAGGGCGUCACAUUGGAAGCUGUUACAGCAUUUUAUCACUAUUUUCUGACGUUUUACAAACCAAACGAUGGAUUAAUUAAUCAGGAAUAGAAUCUGCUGAUUAAUCCGUAAUGAAAAUAAUCUUCAGUUGCAGUCUGACAUAAACCAACCUCAUCCAACUACAGUGAAGUAAAAUGCUGCUUACACAUUAAUGCAUCAUUUUCACAGCAUAAAAAAAACUAUUCUGUCUCCACUAUUAGUGCACUAUGAUCAAAGUUUUGGUAGAGGAUCAGUCGACAGCGCUGUGGGUUCACACGUCUUCUGUUGGUGCUCUGGCAGAUGAAAAAACUUCGCCUAGCUCCAGACGUCUGAAUCGCUGCUGAUUAAAGAGAAAGAAAACGAUAAUUCAGUCCGAUUAUUAAUGACGAUUAAUGAAAAUUCAUGCACAUUUUAUGCUCUUUGCUCAGCUGUAGGCGAGACUCAUUGACUACACAUGUUCAGUGGAUAUUGAACCGACAUAAAGUUGAGGAGAUAAUCACAGAAUUUUCAUGUUUUAAGUGAAAUAUUCCUUUACGUGCAUUUGUUAUCCUUGUCAAAGACUUGGUGUUUCUGCUUGUGUGUAUAAAAUUCACUUUACUUUCUUUACGCCUGCAGAGGCAUGUGAACAUGAUGUGAACAGCGUGUUUUGUGUCAAAAUAUCUCCUCUCUUCAUCUUGGAGUGUUUCACGUCCCGAUACUCCACCACGGCGGAGCGGAGCACGACGGGACGAAACUGACUCCGUUUUGGAAAAGUGCAGAAUGCGUCCCCAUCCAAAUGUUGACCACAUGCCACCUCUGAGCCUGCGGGGAUCUGGACCAUAAUUUGAUUUCUAAUUCUAGCAGCGUCUAAUUCAUUUCUUCAGAUGGCGAGCACUGCGGGGAAAAUUGGAUUGCUUCUCCUGGGCCACUGUAACAUGCAUGUCUGUUUAAUUUCACACCACUGGGGGAAAGAUGAUGCGGUUCAAAAUGUGAUGAACCCUGACUUUACGAAAUCACCUUCUCUGUUGGAGAGGCACUGAGUGAAGUGAUACUUCACUUUGACUGAACAUUUACAAUGUCUUUUACUAGACUUAACUGGAGGUGCAUUUAUGACACGUCAUGUAAACUGGUCUAAAAAACACCAGUGUACUGCAGGUAGGCCAAUUUAUGUGUCAAACUAAUUUUGAGAGAAAGCACUGUUUAAAUGAUAAUAUGUUUGACUAGAGUUUUAAAGGGUUGCCUCACUUGAUUUCUGUUGCGUUUUGUCUGUGUGGCUCAAAGCACUGAAAGUUACACUGAUCAGUAUUUCUGUAUAAACAUUGGCCCAAAUGACUGUACGUAAUAUGAGAUGAGUUGCUCGUAGACAAUUAUCACCUGACUCAACAGUUCUCUUCAGCUCCGUUUAGCAUUUUAGCAUCGUUUAGCUCCAUGUUUUAGUUUUAUAGUGUUUUGGUUCACUCUCCCUGCUUUCAUUACCUUCAUUUCCAGCCAAAUAAAAAAAACCACUAUGUGAUACCGACACAUUACCAAAUAAACACACCGAGUGACUAGCUGAUGAACAUAGUGGAGCCUUUAGCAGCUAAAGAACCAGAGAUGAUUCUCAGGGGCUGGUGGAGACCAAAAACAGUGCAAAAAAAAAAAAAAAGUUUGAGGAUAGAAACGUGACUAACUCAAUGCUUAUGUUGUUCUGUGUCUGACGGAUGUGUAAAAACACGACUGUCUGGUAACACUGUCACCAUAACAACAUUAAAUGGUGACAACUUGUCGAUGUUGUUUACAGCUCAUCCCAUUGGCCCCAAGUGGCAAAACAAAUCUUAGUGCAGCUUUAAGAGAGUGUCCUUGGUACUCUGGGUAAUCCACAGUGUAAACGUUUGUUUUUUUUUAUUGGAACUACACUCUACUGAUGAAAUAGUCCAUAUGUGAUUCAUCCCAUUGUGCCAGGAAAAUUAAGUGAUAUAUACAAUAUGCUGCACUCUAACUAUUCAACCUUCAUACCUUCAUGUAUAUUUGGGCUUCUACUGAAUCCCUAAAUGUUGCUACUAUAGUAUAAUAUAGUCACUUGUGCAGUAUCAUUAUUGGUUCAGCUACUGCUGGCUAACAUGUAUUGCACAAACAAUAAAAAUGGAUCAAUUUCUAAUCAAAACAGUCACAAACCAGAUGGAGAGAAACAGCAGCUGAAAAUUAAAACAAAGACACUGCAGUGAGCAGACAGCAGGGGUUAGACUCGAUAUAUUUACAAUGAAGUAUCUGAGAUGUCAGAAACAUGGGUACCUAUUUAUCGAGACAGCCAUUAGUGGAAAUCUGCCUUCUCCCAUCUCGUCCCUGCUGCUUUGGUACUAUGGCCAUUACUUAACGACUGGCGGAUGCUUCAGGAACCCCGAACCACAACUCAAAUGGUAAUUAUCUUCACUGAAUUAUUUGCAAGUCCACUUAAAAAUCAAAACAUGCAUACCGCCCAGUAACAUCAACAACAUUCUCAAUAAUUGUUCUCUUCCUGCUUGUGACUUUUUCACUGAGACUGCAUGUUAUAUAUUGUCUAAUUUCUGUUUUAUUAAUGUGUUUCUCCUUCCAUCUCACCUCCCUGCAAUUCCUUUUAACUACCUGUAUGAAUAAAAAACAUAAAAAUAAAUAAGUCAAAAUAAAUGCCAUCAACAUAAACCUAAAAAUGUAACCACACUGUGCAGUCAAAGUGAUCAAAAGUCAGAAAAGUCUUUGGCGCAGGGGAAUUGGACUCACAGUUUCUCUAGAAACUAAUAAGAGACUGUUAGUCUCGGGCUUCAAACUCUCUCCAGGCUUCUCUCCACUACAGCGUUACUAAUCAACAAUUUCCUGUCCUUUACGGCUGCACUGACUUCUAAGAAAGACAGUAAGAAAUUAUACUGCGAGUAUGCCUCAUUUCAGAUAAUAAUGUAAUCUGUCACAGUCUAACCCUUGGUGGUUUCUCGAUUUCAGCCUCAGUGAGUGAGCAGUGCACAGAGGUGGACCUGUGAUGGCCUCAGUUUGACUUUAAAAAACAGACCUGACCCAGUUCAGUUAAUCACAAUCGCUCUGCGGAGGUGAUUUUCAUUAACAAACACUGAAAAAUCCUGCACAGAACUCAUGGUGUGUGAAGUGAGCAUAUGCCACACUCAGAGGCACUUGUGUGAUGCAUGCAUGUUACUAAAAAUAUUAAAAGUUCAUAAUUGCUGAACAGCUUCACAGGCCCAGUCGAUGCCUGUUAACUGUAUAUUUUUAUUGAUAAGUGAUUUAUCUGUGCAGUAAUUGACAAUAUGUUCGAUGUUUCUGGUCUGUGCUUCUUUCUUUCUGAUAAUCCUGAUGAAAGAUCGAUCAUUGUGUAUUAGAAACUAUGUUGAGCAGACAUGGGUCAGAAUGUAGUUGAAAACAUGUCCCGGUUAUUGCUCGUUUUGGGUUGUGUCCCAAAGGCACACAUCCAACCGUGAUGGAAAAAUAACCAAACAAAUUACUGAAAAACAUGUUGACUCACGUCUUGCUCGUAGUAGUCUGGCUCAUGUUGACUCUUUGAAAUGUUUUGAGUAUUUCUUACAUGUAAAAUGAAUGCUUCAAUGAAAAAUGUUUGACAAAAUAAAAAGAA